AUGGCCCUUCUUCUGGCACUGCUGUGCGCAGUGGCGGUGGCCAACCAAGCGCCAGAGCUUCAAGCCUUGCUCGGCGAUGAUCAGUGCGCAGGCGAGACCUGCGCCCUGAGCGCCCUGCAGCGGCGCGGGGCGAAGGCGCGGAGGCCCAGCGGCACGGAGGAGCCGGAGGCGGAGCAUGUGUCGGAGGAGUUCAGGGUGGACGAGGACGCCUUGGCGCAGUUCAUUGAGGACUCGCUCCAGGCGACUCACUCACCAGUGGACCUGGCAGAGGUGGAAGAGGAGGCAGCAGCAGCGGUGAACUACAGCUAUCUCGCCUCGAUGGGCUGCUUCGCGAAGCCGCAGGACUACCGUCUGUCCUGGCGCGCGCAGGGGAGGGACUUCUUCAACCAGUUCACCUUUGUGACGGAGGACGACACCCACGGCGCCCAAAAGUACCUCUCGAAGCAGGAGGCUUUUCGGAAGCACGUCAUUGAGAUCGAUCACUCGGGCAGCGCCAUCAUCCGCCUGGGGCAGAUCGAGGCGAGCGGGGACCCCAACGCGCCCUACAAGCGCACCUCCGUUAUGAUCCACUCCAACUACGCGUGGACCCCGACCAGCGGCAUGCUGGUGGUCAUGAAGUACAACCACGUGCCCUACGGCGCCUCGAUCUGGCCGGCCUUUUGGUUGAUGAACAGCGACAACGUCUGGCCGAAGGGUGGUGAGUUCGAUAUCAUGGAGUAUGCCAACGAUGAGGCGAGCAAGAUCACCUUCCACGCCGACAGGAACUGCAUGUUGGAUGGUCGGAAGCUGGGCCAGUGCAUGGCGGGCAAGCACAUGGGCGGCCCCGGGCCCAUGAACUGCAAGACGAACUACUGGAAGAACCAGCUGGGGUGUCGACCCCAACAGGUCCAGAGACCUGGGGACUGGUACGCCAAGAACCCAGGUGUCAUCGCGGCAGCAUGGGACGACGAGGGCAUCACUGUCUACCACAUUCCCAAGAAUCGGAUCCCAUCGGACUUGCAGGAGGAUCAGCCCAGGCCGCAGAAUUGGGGCGAGUUUGCCGUGGCCUACUUGCCGAUGGAGAAGAGCCACAGCUGCCAGAACAUCGCAUCGCCUCAGGAGAAGCGAUUGGGCUAG